CGUCGCUGCAAAACAGGGUCUCGGUCCAACCCUGGGGAAGAUUAAGUCUGCAGGGUUGGGCCAGUUAGGGGCAGGGAUAAAUUAGGGGGGUUUCAGCGUAGCCUUUACUCUUUCCUCCCCUCCCCAGAGGGCUGCGCAGCCGCCUGUCCCGCUCACCUCAGCCCAGGCAGCGACCAGCCUCCUGGAGCUGCUGGAGCAGUGGGGCCACCAGCGAUGCAGCCCCCGGGGCGUGUGAGGAGCCUGUCGGUGGAGCUGGAGGACGGGCAAGUGUGCGGUGCCUACAGCAGCGGGGAGGUCCUGCGCGGCCGUGUGCGGCUGGAGCUACGCGGGACGCUGCGCCUGCGGGCGCUGGAGGUCUACGCUCGCGGACGUGCCCUCGCGCGCUGGCUGGAGAACCACAGCGUGGGGCUCAACAUUGUCUACUAUGACUACAUGGCCUCCCAGACCUUCCUGAACCGCCGCUGCCAGCUCAUCCCUGACAAUGGUGAGGUCACCAUCCUGCAGGCAGGAAGGCACGAGUUCCCCUUCACCUUCCAACUCCCCGAGACUCUGGCUACCUCCUUCGAGGGAAAGCACGGCAGCGUGCGCUACUGGGUGAAAGCCAAACUGCACAGACCCUGGUCGACAGUGAAGAAAGUGAAGAAGGAAUUUACAGUGAUUGAACCCAUCGACAUCAACACGCCUGCGCUGCUGGCUCCCCAGGCGGGUGCUAAGGAGAAACUUGCUCGUGCUUGGUACUGCAAUCGUGGCCAGGUUUCUGUAACAGCCAAGAUUGACCGAAAAGGUUACACCCCAGGUGAGGUCAUCCCUAUCUUUGCUGAGAUCGACAACUGCACAACCCGAGCGGUGGUUCCCAAGGCAGCCAUCAUCCAGACUCAGACCUUCAUCGCUCGGGGCACUAAGAAGCAGAAGAAGUCGGUGGUGACCAGCAUUGUUGGUGACUCCAUCGCAGCGGGGAAGCGGGAAGUGUGGCACGGGCGGGCGCUGAAGAUCCCCCCGGUGGGUCCAUCCAUCCUCCAGUGCCGCAUCAUCCAGGUGGAAUACUCCCUGAAGGUUUGUGUGGAUAUUCCUGGGACGUCCAAGCUGCUCCUCGAACUGCCGCUUGUCAUCGGCACCAUCCCACUGCAUCCGUUCGGGAGCCGCACGUCCAGCGUCAGCAGCCAGUACAGCGUCAACCUGGACUGGCUGAGCGCCAUCCCGGAGCAGCCGGAGGCUCCCCCUGAAUACUCAGCAGUUGUGUCCAGCCCAGAGGCCGAGCAGAGCCUGGCUCCGCCGUGCCGCAGCGAACUCGGCAGCAUCCUGGAAGGUCCCUUCUUCGCCUACAUCCAGGAGUUUCGCUUCCGACCACCUCCGCUCUACUCGGAGAUUGAUCCAAACCCCCCUUCAGACAACAUCCGUCCACGCUGCAUGACCUGUUGAGAGAAGCGCAUGGGCUGCGGUUGGCAGCGUGGCGAUCCCUCGGGAUGAAAGCUUGUCCCCUCGCAGCACUUGGGGCUGGAAACGGAGACACGGCGGCCGUGAGACCAGAGCUCCUGCAGCGCCGACACCCCGGCUCCGCUCACUGCCCUCAACUACUCCUGUCCUGACUGUCCUACGGGCCGACACCGAGCGCGGUGCCGCAGGCUCGUGCAUGGGAGGAGAACGUGAGACCCUGCGCCGUGGAGCAGCUCCGCGUGGGCUUGGGCAGGGCGCCGAGGGUUAAAAGCUGCCCCAGGAUUUUGGGAUUCGAAGCAGGGGGAUAUUUGCUCUCCCCUUGCCUGCAGUGGUCGUACUCUGACAACUCCUGUCAUGGAAAACAGGAGCUUGGAGGUAUUUCUCGGGAUUACUAGAGAAUAUUUUAGUGUUGCUGGGGUUUGAGUCCUGUGGUGAUGCAGGCACAGCCCUUCUCCUGCAGUAGCUCACUGGGAUUGCAGUUCCUGGUGAAAGUUAAAGGCCUUUUUCUGGCCGUAUGAAGCAGAGACUUCAUCUGCUGCUGAUAAUCUUUGCCACAGCCUGGUGAUGCCUGCAGGGAGAAUGGUCUGAGCUAAAUACCGAAGCUGGAAAAGCUUCCAUGGGCUGUUACCAGGGGAGAGGACUCGGGCUGAUUUUUAUGAUCUGUGGCAGCGUUUUGGUGCCCUUUACCAAGAACAGGAAAGCUGCUUCUUGUGUGUCAGAGCCAAACCUGCACCAUAUGCUGAUGCCUCCCCUGUGAUGGGGCUGAAACCAACCCCCAAACUGCCAUACCACCACGGGGGUGCUCGAGCCGUAGCUCUGGCAUCUCCUGGGAGGCCGAGGAGAGGAGAAGGAAGCCCGGUCCAAGGCUGGUGACAGCCACAAACGCUGAUGGAGUUGAAAUAAGUCCCUCAGGGCCACGAGUCCUGCUCAGGACGGGUUCCAUCCUGCGCCCGUAGAGGGGGUCAGCGUCCCUGGCGCGGUGAGGACGCAGCAGCACCCUGCGCUCGCCGGUGUGGGAACCGGAGAGCCGGGUGUUGUAGCAAGAACCGCUCGAGCCAGGGGCUGACCCUGCUUGCUCCGGCAUCACCUGAGCAGAGUUUGGGUGCUGAGGCCCUUUGCAUUCCCUCGCUGAGACAAUCCUGCCCGCGGGGCUGCUCACGCGUGGCCGGGGCCGAGCCUGCCUCAGCCUCCGCGCUGCGGCUGCGCUCUGCUCCCUCGGGAUUGCUCAGGCGACUUUUUGUAUCUGUGAACACUUUUGUAAUGACCACCCUUGUCUCUAUUCUUUUUGUACGACUUUUUGUUGGGGAAUAUUUGUUUGAAAUAAAUUCUUUAA